CUUCCAAUAUGGUGGCGCCCAGUGAAUUGUCGUUAUCAGAGAUACGCAAAUAUUUAUUAGAAAAAGGUGGUAUUGCGCGAAAUCGUGAUGUAGUAAAACAUUUCAAGAGUUUUUUAACUGAUCCGGAAACUCGAGUCGAGGCACGAAAUAAAUUUAAAGAAUACGUAAAUCUGUUGGCGACAAUAAAAACUGUUGAGGGGGAAAAAUAUUUAGGAUUAAAGAAAAAGUAUAGAUAUAGCUUAGAAGAUCUUGAAUCGACGAAUCAUCCUACAUCAAGUGAAUCACCAGUGCCUACACCUGAUUUUUUUACACCAACAUCACCCUUUCGAGAUCCACCACCAUACAGGCCGCCACCACCUGCACCACUCAGCCCCUCAAAUCUAUCAGACACAUCAUAUUCAGCAGACUUAACUUCACCUGAAGAACUUUAUGCAAUUCCUUCUAAAUUAAAAACUUCACAAGAUGAAAGAAGUCGACCGACAAGUAGUGAGACUUCAGAAAGUAAUAAUACUGGGCCUGUUUCAUCACCACCUGUACCUCCUCGAAGAAAAAGUCAAGAUAAGUUGAAGUUGGAAAAUAAAGAAAAUAUUAAUGCUGACAAAGGAAAAAACGAGAUAGAGCCUACGAUCAAGGAAGAUGAAACUACAGAGACUCUUGGAACAUCAGAAUUGCCAAGUGUUCGUGAACGAAUGCAACGGUUCAACCGGAUGGCAAGUGAAACUGAUCUUCAUGGUCGACCAAACGGUACCACAACUCCUACUAAGAAGCGUUCUGACAAGGGAGCAGACGAGGAUGACAGUGCUUCAGUGGCAUCACAACUGGAUGGCAAAGCUCGCGAAUGGUUGGUAAGAGCUGCACAAGGUGACUAUCAGACAUUAGCAAAGCUAGCUGCUGAGGAGCCCCGUUUAGUCAGACAGAAGGAUCCCUCAUCCGGUUAUACUGCAUUGCAUUGGGGAGCUAAGCAUGGGGAUGAAAACAUCGUCAAGUUGAUAGCUGGCACCCACGGGGACAAGAUAAAGAGUGUCAAUGAAACAACAAAUGGGGGUUACACGGCACUCCACAUAGCCAUGCAGUUUAAUCACGAGAAUAUCUUCAACCUUCUUGUCCAGGUGUAUGGUGCAAAUCAGGAGAUUCGUGAUCACAGUGGUAAAAAAGCCAGGCAAUACUUGGCCUCACAGGAAGCAGCAGUUAGUCAAGAUACAUUUCGCAAAAUAAAAGCAAGGAAAAAGCACACAGAGAAAGAUCUUGGUUUCCUACGAAUUGGCUCACUGAACGUGCGCGUGAAACGUACGACGGAAGCUUUCAGCCAGUUCUUGGGUGUAGCCAGUAGUACAAGCACCAAUCAUGAUAAAAUUCAUAAAACUUGGGGUUCUGCUGAUAACAUACAAGAACAUGCACUUAUGCCACCACCAAAAUAUGCUCCAAUCAAAAAACGAAGAAGUAAAAGAGCACAAGACUUUAAUUCUUUACGAAAUCAACAUGCAGCAAGUCAACCAAGUACCCCGUUACCACAAAACAAGGGUGUCAUAAAUAAAAGUCCAAAAUUUAAGAACAAACGACCAUCUUCAACCACUGCGGUUACACCUACUACUCCGAUAAUAUCACACGAUUCUGAUUCCGACGGAGCUUGUGGCUUUGAUGCUUCUUGGAGAGGUUCUGCGCAGCUAUAAUUUACUUUAUAUAUUCUUUUAUACAAUUUUCUAAAUGUAGUUAGAAAGAAUGCAGUUAAUUUUGAGAUUAGAUUGUUUUAAUAGUAAAAUUAACAUAAUUUAUUAGUUCUUACAAAACACUAGCAAUCAUCGCGAAUGUGUAAUGACCGAUGAAAUUUUAUAGUUAAUGAACAGAUAUUUAUUUUAACAUUAUUUAAAUAAACAUAUUAAUUUUAUAACAAAAUUUUAUAAGCGUAUUUAUACAGGUAAAUUUCAAUCUUUUAAUCUAUCUAAUAACGCUUUCUGAAAAAAAGAACUCAAAUUUUUGUGCUACUACUCAGUCGAUAUGAUGGCAAGUGUGUUCUUCUUUACUUACACUCGAGACAAUUUUCUACUUUACCAUCUGAUGAAUAGUUAUAUUUCUCAAAUGAGAUCAUUUUUAUCACAUGCUUUUAAACAUAAUUAACAGAUGGCAUUAAAAUCUUAAAAUUCGCGCUGAAUUUAGU